UGUAGUGUAGAGUGAAAUCCAGUGUUCCACAUUUUUCAGGGGACCAGCGGGAAACACCUCCAGGAUCCUCGAAUCUCCUUGAAACCUUGUUAGAAAACCACAGUGCUGCAGUCAGAAGCUAAUGAUGAACACAACGAUGCAGUACAAAUGCUGACUGGGACGUCAAACAGCAGCGCCACACUGUCCUCAUGUGUGUCGAUGGAGCCGUGUGCGUGUGCAGAGGAGUGCAUGUUCACCGCUUUAUCCCACGCCGACGUCACCUUCGGUAAGAUGGAGGGAUACCUGAGGUCCAGACAGCUGUGUGAUGUCAUACUGGUGGCCGGGGACAGGCGGAUACCUGCGCACAGACUGGUCCUCUCAUCCGUGUCCGACUACUUUGCGGCCAUGUUCACCAGUGAUGUUCGGGAGGCCAAGCAGGACGAGGUGAAGAUGGAAGGAGUGGACCCUGAUGCACUGUGGGUCCUAGUGCAGUAUGCAUAUACAGGCCGUCUGGAGUUGAGGGAGGACACCAUCGAGUCUCUGCUGUCAGCCUCCUGCCUGCUACAGUUGUCGUCUGUGGUUCAGGCCUGCUGUGCGUUCCUCAUGAAGCAGCUCCACCCCUCCAACUGUCUGGGUAUCCGUUCCUACGCUGACGCUCAGGGCUGCAAUGACCUGCAGAGGGCCGCCCACGCCUACACCAUGGAACACUUUUUAGAGGUGGUGGGAGGCCAGGAGUUCCUGUUGCUCCCAGUGGAGGAGAUGGAGAGGCUGCUCACGUCUGAUGACGUCAACGUGCCAGACGAGGAAACCGUGGUAACCUCUCUGCUAACGUGGGUCAGUCAUGAUGUCGCCACUCGAGAACGUCACCUACCAUCGCUGCUGGCUCACAUCCGACUGCCACUGCUGCAACCGCAGUUCUUGGCAGACCUGGAGUCCAACCCUCUCCUCCGGGACAGCAUGGAGUGCCAGCGGCUGCUGAUGGAGGGGAUGAAGUAUCACCUCUUGCCUCAGCGCCGGCCCCUGCUUCAGAGUCCCCGCACCCGACCCCGCAAAGCAACCGUUGGGGCCAUGUUUGCCGUAGGGGGCAUGGACGCUACGAAAGGUGCUACUAGCAUCGAGCAGUACUGUCUGCGUCGGGACACAUGGAGGCAGGUAGCUACCAUGAGUGGACGGAGACUGCAGUUCGGUGUAGCUGUCCUUGACGAUCGUCUGUAUGUGGUGGGUGGCCGAGAUGGACUCAAGACACUGAACACUGUGGAGUGUUACAACCCGCACAGCAAGACCUGGAGCGUCAUGCCCCCCAUGUCCACACACAGGCACGGCUUAGGUGUAGCCGUCCUGGAGGGGCCCAUGUACGCAGUAGGAGGACAUGAUGGCUGGAGCUACCUUAGCACAGUGGAAAGGUGGGACCCCCAAGCUCGCCAGUGGAGCUUUGUUGCCAGUAUGGCCACACCCAGAAGCACAGUGGGAGUAGCUGUACUCAAUGGCAAGUUGUAUGCAGUAGGAGGUCGUGACGGCUCAUCCUGCCUGCGCUCAGUGGAGUGUUUCGACCCCCACACCAACAGGUGGAACGGUUGUGCUCCUAUGGCUAAAAGGCGUGGAGGUGUGGGUGUGGCCACAUGGCAUGGCUUCCUGUACGCCAUCGGAGGUCAUGACGCUCCGGCCUCGUCCCUCGCAUCACGUCUAAGUGACUGUGUGGAGAG